AUGUCUGAUCCAUUCUCGGUCGCGCUGGCGCGCUACACAGAAGCUUGGCAGGGCUACGAUAUAGACAUUGAGAGCAUUGGUCUCAAGGCCGAGUCACUAAAAACUCCUUUGAAAAGGCUUCGAGAUCUCGUCGAGGACACCCGACUGACAGACCCUGAAAUUGCCAAUGAUAUCAAUGAGAAGGCACUGGGACUUGAGCAUCAGGUCAAAAGGCUUGAGAAAAAGCUUAACCAGAUCAAGCCCGUAUUCUCAGAUAAACCCACAGACAAAUUCCGCAACAAGUUGAAAAAGGCUGCUUAUCCGGUCAUCUCGCGAGAUGCGCUACGAGAUAUCCAUAGUAAUCUGGACAGUAUGCAGUCAACGAUUCAAAUGACACUGGCCAUAUUCAAUGCCCAACAAGCACAAAAGUCUCAGGCCACGCAAGCCAAGAUGGUCCAACUGAUUGAAGAAAUACUGGACCAAUAUAGAGUUAUGUGGCAGAGCGAAUUCGUUGGGCCCUCGGACAUGUUGGAAUCAGCGGACGCAAGCUUUUCACUCGUGGAUAUCUUUCCUUUCUUUCUCAGGACGGAGGUUGGUUCCAUGUUAUACAAGUUCGCCCUGUUUUUGGUGAACUGUGGCUCGAUGCCUGACAACAAUACCGAAUAUGGGUUCUUGCAUCAGAUGUGCUCUUUGAAAACCUGGGGAGUAGACGAAUACACAUUUGCCGAGCAAAUGAUCAACCUAGGUGGUCCCCUGAGCUCAAUGCCAUGGACAAAGGCUGGUAAACAGAAUAUGCGUGGUCUACUCGACAGAGACAAUGAACUAAUCGACAUACCGGAAAUUGCGAAAAUUAUACUCCGUGAAUCGGAGACAGACCUGCGGAAAGCGCUGGAAACUGGAUGUGCAAGUCCAAAUGACAGGAUACAGCACGUAACUUUGCUUGAGCUCGCGGUCGGAUGGCCAGCUGGUAGGCUCGCAGAGGUCCUUGGCGGUGACAGUAAGGAGGGCAUCCUUGACUUUCACGCUUCUGAAAUAUGCACCGAGCUACUCACAAGAGGCUGGAAAGUUGAUCGCUCGCUCCAGCCCAGCGCCCACUCUCAAUCUUUAUACCAUGAGUGGAAUGAGCACAUCGAAGCUUGGGAGGAGCUUUACCAAAUUGGCUUUCGAGACAUCGAUGUUCCAAAUACAAAUGGCUUCACCCCUCUGAUGAAGCAACUCUCGUAUUUCAGGGGGCGGGACAUCCAUCUGAACGUCAACCUCGAGAAUAUAAUCUGGCUUGUUGAUAAAGGGGCAAGUUUGUCUAGGCUUUUGCCCUAUUCGAAGGCGACAGUUGCUCAUCUGGCCAGCGGAAGAUCAACAUCUGUACGACGAACUCGAGAACUUAUAUCUGAGUUUGAAAUGGAGUUCAAUCAGCUUGGCUUGCCAAUCACGGAGUUUUUGCACAAUUACUGGCAUGCCCGCAUGAUCGAAUAUCUCUCAACUCCUGGCACUUACGACGACGAGCACAUCCAGCAGACUAGAAAUCUUGGAAUUUUGUUGGAGCCACAUGAGAUCGACAUUCCUGACGUUGUUUAUUACUUUGGCAAUCAGGUUGAUGAAGUCACAUCAGAUUAA